AUGUCCGUUCCUUUAUCCUCCGCGACAGCUCCGCGUUCCUCCAACUUGACCGUCCCCGCAACCCAAAACACCGCCCCCGUUAUCAAAUUCCGAUGUCUCUACACCCACGACAUGCGACGAAAGGCCAAACGCUGGCAGGAUGGCUUUCUUCGGUAUCACACCUUCAACAAGCGGGUCAUGGUCUACGAUAAUACCGGCUACUUUAUUGGGGAUCUCCACUGGCGACAGGACGAGGGAAUACAGGAUGGCGAGGAGUUGGAGCUGGACAAAGGCGUUCUAAUCCAGGUCUGCGAACAGAUGGAGAGAACAGAGACAGAUAUCACAUCGAUAUACAAGCAGAACAAGAGCCACGGUUCGCCGUCGUGUCCAGGACAAACCCCCGCAGCUUCGUUGCGCUCGACUGCCGCUACCCGUACCUCGCUUCCUUCCCAGACCUCUCGUUCCUUAAACGAUCUUCUUGGGAUCAACAAAUCUUCUACUGCACAGUUACUCUCUCCUUACGAGCAACGCUCCAGACAGCGACCAUCCACCCCAAUCACUCCGCAGCUCCAGGAGCGGCCUGCGAAACAGUGUAACACCUCCUCCCCCCCCGGCGAGCAAUCGCCGCUUGAAUUGAUCGCAUCGUCUUCUCCAGAGCUGUCAUGGAGCUUCGAGUCUUGUCCGAGCACAACUCCAAGGCUGGUAAACAUCAUAAACCGAGGUACGGCGGUCUUACCAUCCGCGCGCGCAUCACCCAUCCACCCCAACGCAGAGAAAAGGGCGGCCAACCCGCCCGAAACCCGCCAUCUUCCUGCUACGGUUCAUCAACCGGUUCCGCCGAAACAGGGGCCACCCAUUUCAUCUUCAGAAGCCCAGGUCAACACGCUUAGAUUGUCUGGGGAAAGACCGCGUAGGAAGCUGGUGUACCAAGAAACACGGCAUACAUCUCAAGCCAUGUCCGACAAGACCACUCAACCACCGAUCCCAACACCGUCAGUAUUUCUUAAUCGCAAAAGGAGUCCGUAGGCUGACCCGUCAUAGGACGAGGAUAAACCCACCGAGACCUGAAAAAACAGGCUCUAGUUCUGCCGUACUUAUUCUCGACGAGACGG